UCGAUAAUUAGUUGGCAUCGCAUCAAGUGGGCGACGCAGCCAGUUUUUAACACAUUUAACACAAAUAACGCGACAAGCAACUUGAAAUGGCAGCCAGCCUCGUGCAUUUUCUUAUGCUAAUUUGCGCGGCACAUGAGUUGAUCGGCGCUGCCAAAUUAAACCACGCACGCGUGCUCCUGCCAAUAUACGAAGAAAAAUCCAUCAACUUCACCUUGCAGGUGGAUCAAAAAAUUUGCUACAAAUGGUCGACUUCCUUCCAAGACGUUAUAUCCGUGAUGCCCGUGUAUCAUGGCUCCAGCGAAUGCGCCAACGAGGCGGUAGUCACAGUGCGGACACGCGAGCGACGUCGUAACACGGCCAUUGUGUUAGCGGAAGAAGUGCACACCGGUGCUGUGCUGCGCUGCGAAGUGAUAGUGGACAUCAUUGCCUGCCUAAACGUGAGGACUACCACACGCCAGCUAUACCUGGAGGAGGCGCCGGCGAUCUUCGAGCUGCGCGCCUUCGACUCUCAGGGCAACGAGUUCUCCACCCUCGAGGGAAUCGAGUUCAACUGGGACAUUUCGGAGCCCGAUAGCAAAAAGCCGCCCCCUAUGCGAUUCCUAACCUUCUCGCGAAGCCCGUUCCAUUCGGUGCCCCCCGCUCUAGAGAAGUUCGAAGCCGUCGGUAUCAAGGGCUACAUGAUCCUGCUGGAGGGAAUCAAUACGGGCACUUCGAAGAUAACCAUCACCUUGCCCUAUGCCGAUUACAGCAAUGUGAAGCCCCUGGAAGUGUACAUCAGUGUGCUGGCCAAAAUAAUUAUAGUGCCUUCCAAGGCGACGAUCCUGAACAAAGACUCGAUUAGCUUCCGCAUUCUUCAGCAGAAGAUGGACAAGCUGCAUGACAUUACGGAAAGUAAGCAAUACUUCCUCGAGGUGGAGGAUACCGAGGUGGCCAGUGUGAGAGGUAGCACCGCAACCGGAGAGGCACUAGGGCGCACUCGGAUCCUGCUGCGUGAUAGAAACAUGCCAGAGACGGAUAAGAACACCAAGGGGCCCAGCACACUCUUGACCGUGGCAGAACCCCAUAAGCUGGGCAUCAGCCUCCUGCCAUACAACAACUGGGUGUCGGUGGAGGGCGAGAAGCACGAAGUGGUCUUCGACCUUUACGCUCCAGAUGGCCAAAAGAUGACGCUGGGUAACCGGUUUGGCAUCCACUCCAAUCUGGACAAAUCUCUUUUCGGCAUCCUCAACAAAACGAAAAACGGCAGCUGUCUGUACGGUGAAGCUCUGCAGAAGGGCGUUAGCACAGUCUCCGGCAUAUACGACCAGCUUGCGGUGGAGGCAGAACUGCAGAUCUUUGAGAAGCUGCAGCUCAGACCCAGUAAGGUGAUUCUGCCGUACGACACGAACAGCAUAAAGCCGCUUAAGCUGCAGUUCUAUGCGGCUGGUGGGGACUACAGCUAUGUGUGGCAAUCCGGCAAUCCGCAAGUGCUGCAAAUCGAUGCCCAGGGUUUGGCCACCACCGUAAUCCGGGACGUGCGUCUCUCCACUGACUCGCAGGAGCAGUAUGAUGACGGAAAUCUGCUGGCUGCCCACACCACCAUCAAGGUGGCCCUGGCCAAGAACCAGAAUGUCGCCCAAUUGGCUCAGAUCUACUUCCUCUCGCCGCAACGGCUCGAGAUCAAGCAGUAAAACUUCGAGACAGCCCUCAAGGAC